AUGACUAACCGUACGAUGGAAUUCUAUACCUUAUCUGAACUAACAGCUGCGGUAACGAUAGUUGCAGAGGAGUAUAAAAGAGCAGUUGUCAUGUUUGAUAUUGGAAUCGGUCCAGAUCAAUUUAACAAAUCGAGGUCCAAAUUCGUUGUCAAGUUGACGAAACUUUUCUUUCAAAGCAGCACCAAUCCAAUUGAAAACUAUCAAAUAAAGAUCGAUAAGAUAACCGGGCAAAAAGAUUCCAAUAAAACCAUGGUUACUUGGCAUGUUAACAACUGGGUCAAUAUUAGAAGUGAUGGUUUAACAGUGGCAGCAGGAGAGCAAUUACUUAAAAUGGGGCCGGAAGCGGUAGGAAAAUUUUUGGGUACACCCUUUGUCGGCAAGGUUUUAACAGUAUUCUCAAACAUAGAAGCAAAAGCAAAUAGCGGUAGCAGAUUAUGGACGAUAGUUUUGUUAACAAUGCUGGCCCUUGGAACUUUAAUGAGUAUUAUAGCGGUCAUUUAUUACUUGCUAAGAACUGAAGAGACCAGUGCUACCAUGACAGGCAACGGCGAAGCUGAAAAAGUAGAAUAUGGUACUUAUAAUAAUGGUCUAUCUUGUAAAGAAGACGAAGAUAACGAUAGUGUGUAUGAAAACUUGGAAUUACACAUUAGAAAGGAAACGUGCUCUUAA